AGCACAAUGAGUCCUAAAAAACAACAACAACCAUCUCGUAAACACAAUUUCCAGUCUACAAGUCAGGCUCAGAUGAAAAGGAUGAAUCCAGCACAAGUUAUGGGAUCAUUUCAUGAUGAGGAUGAGGAUGAUGAUGCUUUAGAGAUGGAAAGAAACUUUGCUCUGUUGAGUAAACAAGUGGAAAAAACAGAGAAGCCUGAAGAGGACGAGGAGGAAGAGAGCGGCGAGGAGUCUGAUGAAGGAGUCGAAGAUGAUGAUGAUGAUGAAGAUAAUUACAGUGAGGACGGGCGAGUCGAGAGCAUGGACACACCUGGGGCAGAGGAGUCACAUGACCAAACUACAGACUCCAGUUUACACACCGGGACCGAGUUUAAUCAGGAUCUGUCAACGAUGUCAUUCGAAGAGAUCAUAAAGUUACAGAACAAACUGGGGACUAAGGCGUGUAAUAAACUCAUUCAUGCAGCGAGAAAGAAAAAGCAGCGUCCAGAACCUGCAAUGCGCAUGAGCAAGAACAGACCCGAUGAGAUUUCAGCCAAGAGACCGGUGCCUUUUCUGAGGAAAACAGGAUCUGUUAAGCAAUCUACUUUGAGGGAUCCUCGUUUUGAUGAUCUUUCUGGUGAAUUUAAACCCGCCGUGUUUAGCCAGACGUACAAAUUCGUCAAUGACAUCAGAGAAAAAGAAGCCGAGAUUGUGAAAAAAAAGCUGAAGAAAGUAAAAUCCAAUACAAAAAAAGAAGAAUUGAAAGCUUUUCUAAAGAGAAUGGAGAACCAGAAGCGUAACCACCAAAGACAAGAGCAGCAGAGACAGAAGGACCUGUCCUAUAAGAGGAAGCAGAGGGCGCUGGUGGGAGACGGACAUCGACCCUUCUAUCUCAAGAAAUCCGAUCAGAAGAAACUGCAGCUGGCCGAGAAGUACAGCGAGCUGAAAAAGAGCGGGAAGCUGGAGAAUUUCUUGAGCAAGAAGCGGAAACGCAACGCUGUGAAGGACCGCAGGAAGAUGCCCUGAAGCACAGCAUGGAGCGGGCGGGGCCGGAGGGAGCGCUGCACAGAUUGAGUGGACAGAGUGAUGGGUUCUCAGAGGAGCUCGAAUCAUUUUUGGUUGAUUUCUUGUACAGAAUAUUAAAACUUUAAAAUCUGUUCUUAGCUUUGGGAAAAAUAUGAACCGGCAGGAGAGUUUUUUUUUUUUUUUUUUUUUGUCGUCUAAAUCUUUAUAAAUGCAUCAUGACUGUAGCUCAUGUGUUUGUGUAUCUUUGCUUGAUCAUCCCACCACCAUUUAAACAAUGGCCUUUUGUUUGCCAAAGUAGUUGUUAUUAAAAUACAGAAAAACACAUGCAUGUUGGACAAAGUAGAAAUUCACAGAAAUUGGUCUGCUUUAAAGUAACUUUCAAGUUUCUGACUGAUUAAAAUUGUAAAAACCUAUUUUUACUACAACACCAACCAGUUCUGAUUAAAAGCUGAUCUACAGUAACAA